UCAGGCGAUGACGUAAUACACAAAAACAUGGUUCCCUUGUUUUGAAUCUGUUCCGCGUGCUAAGUGCUCCUUUAACUUUACCCACGCGCGAGGAUGCUCGCCCCGAGCUGAGUGACUGCAAAAAAACAACCCAGAGAGAUGAUGGCGCAGACCAACGAAACGUGCGCCGAGUCUGGACGAAGGCUGCGCUCCAUCUGCCGGAGGAUGUACGAUGAAAACGAAGACUUUUCUGACGUGGAGGAAAUCGAAAACGUCCGAGGCUUCAGCGUGGAGGAGAAGCUCUCCAGUGACAGAUACACCGCGGACUAUGUCCACUUGAUGGAGGGCAAAGACUUCACUUAUGAGUACGUGCAGAAGGAGGCCCUCAGGACUCCACUCAUUUUUAAGGAGAAAGCUGAAUUAGGAAUCAGAAUGCCUGAUCCAGAGUUCACAGUCAGUGAAAUUAAAGGAUUAGUCGGAAGUCGACGCUCCGUAGAUGUUAUGGACGUGAGCACGCAAAAAGGCUCCGAAAUGAGCAUGGCUCAGUUUGUUCGCUAUUAUGAGACACCAGAGGAGGAGCGCGACAAACUCUUCAAUGUCAUCAGCUUAGAGUUCAGUCACACAAAGCUGGAGAACCUCAUCAAGCGGCCAACAGUGGUGGAUCAGGUCGACUGGGUGGACAACAUGUGGCCUCCCGAUCUGAAACAAAGACAGACCGAAGCCACCAACAUCAUCUCAGAGAUGAAAUACCCCAAAGUACAAAGGUAUUGCUUGAUGAGCGUCAAAGGCUGCUACACAGACUUCCACAUUGACUUUGGGGGAACCUCAGUUUGGUAUCACGUAUUUAAGGGACAAAAAGUGUUCUGGCUCGUGCCUCCAACCCCCUACAACCUGGCGCUGUAUGAAGACUGGGUUCUGUCAGGGAAGCAGAGUGACAUCUUCCUCGGGGAUCGGGCUGAUGGAUGCCAGAGAGUGGAGCUCCGACAAGGAUACACCUUCUUCAUCCCAUCUGGCUGGAUUCACGCCGUCUACACUCCCAUGGACGCGCUGGUGUUUGGCGGCAACAUCCUGCACAGCUUCAACAUUCCUAUGCAGCUCACCAUACAUGAGAUUGAGAACAGGACGAAGGUUCACUCCAAAUUCCGUUUCCCUUUUUACUAUGAGAUAUGCUGGUAUGUUGUGGAGAGAUACUUUCACUGCCUAACCAAGAGGUCCUACCUUUCUCAAGACAUCCGCAGGCAAAAUGUUGACUUCGAUCUGAAGGCUAAGACAGAGAGCCCCUCCUCUGACUCCAGGAGUCAGGACAUGAACGAGGACUCGUUCGGGGUUCACGGAAGGGAUGAGCAUGGAGACAAACCGGAGAGAGCUGCAGAGGACGACCCCUGCUCGCCGGACGUCGGGAAGGGCCCGCCCCUCAAAGCUGCUUUAUCUGUCGACUCCGAGGACAGCUGCAACCCCAGCUCCGUUUUUCUGGAUACGCCCAAAACCCCGUCAGACUCUCCGGCCUCAGAACUGCAGACCAAAUGGACCCAUCUAACACAGUUUGAGCUGAUCGGACUCAGGACUCUGGUGGAGAAGCUGGAAUCCCUCCCUGAAAAUAAGAGAUGCAUUCCAGUGGGAAUAGAAAACCCUCAAGGGCUCCUGGAAGACAUGAAGGUUGUUUUGAAAGAACAUACCGACGACGACCCCAAGUUAGCAAUCUCUGGAGCUCCUGUGGUGUUCUGGCCAAAGAAAACUGCAAAGCCUCGGCCUCCCAACCGUGUGAAACCCAAGAUGGCAGCCUCUCCUGCAUCGGCGGUCAAGCUGUCAGCCAGCCGGGGAACAUCUGGCGCCCGGAGGAGAAGGACGCGCUGCCGAAAGUGCGAGGCCUGUCUGCGGACGGAGUGCGGCGAGUGCCACUUCUGUAAAGACAUGAAGAAGUUCGGAGGGCCCGGCCGAAUGAAGCAGUCCUGCAUCAUGAGGCAGUGCAUCGCUCCCGUGCUCCCACACACGGCGGUGUGUCUCGUCUGUGGAGAGGCUGGAAAGGAGGACACAGUGGAGGACGAGGAGGAGAAGUUUAACCUGAUGCUCAUGGAGUGCUCCAUCUGCAACGAGAUCGUUCAUCCUCACUGCCUCAAGGUUAAAGAUUCAAACGGGUUGGUCAAUGAUGAGCUCCCAAACUGCUGGGAGUGUCCCAAGUGUAACCACGCAGGGAAGACGGGGAAAGCCUCAAAGCAAAAAAGGGGGCCAGGGUUCAAGUAUGCGUCCAACCUCCCCGGUUCGCUUCUGAAAGAACCACGCUUAAACCGGGACUCUAGAGAGGAGCCGGAGCCUGCCACGGUGCCCACAGCGGUAGCCGUUCCCGGUUUGACUACCACCGCCUCUGCAGUGAAGAGAAAAGUGGAGCAGGAGGUGGCGUCUAAGAGGAGUGAGGAGGAGCCUCCGAAGAAACGUCCCCCGCUGCUGUCUCUGGACGCCUUGUCUCGACCACGACUGGAGGACAAUCCGCUGAGGAAAAAAAGGAAACUUUUCGAGACCAACGAUGAGCCUAUGAUUGUGAAAAAAAAGAAGAAGCUUUGCAAACCUGACGAUCCAUUCAGUGCAAAGCUGCUGCGUCACAUCGCCGCGGAGAAUGACCACGAUGAGGAAAACGAGGAGCAGGUGGACCACGAGGAGGACGGACUGUCUUUGGAUGGGAUGCACUUCAAAGAGAAGAAGAAGUACGACGGCGACGUUCAAGACGACGACGUGGAGCAAGGGGAGAUAGUGAGGAAGAGGGACAGUAUUUUGGAAGACAAAAGUAAAGUGCUGCUAAGUCCUUUACUGAGAACGUGUGCAGCCUCAGACGGCGAUCAUUUGGCUUUGAACUCUCCCAGAGCUGGACCGAGCGGGGAGCCAGGAGAUGCUCCCGAGAAAAGUCCUGCUCAGCUUAAAGCUCGGCACCAACGCCGACGCUUCUCCAACAAGGAGGCCGGCAAAGAGUCCAGUCAGGAGAGCAUAAAGACAGAGGACGCUCCCAACCAAAAGCUCGCUAUAGUGAAGAUGGAGGAGAGUUCUCCCAACUACAACCGCCGACCCUUGAAGAACGAGGAUUCGGUGGUUAACCAGAACUGUAAACCAAUAAAGACUGAAGAUGCAGCUACUAAGCGUGCUCUGAAGGUGGAAGACGGCAGGCCGAAUCUCAACAGACCGCAUCUAAAAAUGGAAGAAAGUCUGACAAACCAGAACCACCGACCGGUGAAACCAAAGACGGAGAAUGAAGCAGACAACCAGAAGCCCAGAUGGCCUCUGAAUAACGGCAGCAGCGAUCUGGGUGAUUGGCUGCGGCACCGAGGGCUGGAGGCUAACGGGACGCCGCGCGGCUACUCGCCGCUCAGCUGGAACAGGGGCUCGCCGAUCACGCCGAUAUGUCACCGACCAGUCCCGCGCCGAUCGCCGCCGAAAUGCAUCCAAAUGGAGCGCCACGUGAUCCGGCCCCCUCCCAUCAGCCCGCCGCCUGACAGGCUGCCGCUGGACGACGGCGAGGCUCACGUGAUGCGGCGGGAGAUGUGGAUGACGGUGUUCGGCCACCUCACUCACAGAGACCUCUGCGUCUGCAUGCGCGUUUGCAGAACGUGGAACCGAUGGUGCUGCGACAAAAGGCUGUGGAAGCUCAUCAAUCUGAACCGCUGCAAGUCCAUCACUCCUCUCAUGCUCAGCGGGAUCAUACGGAGGCAGCCGGUGGCUCUGGACCUCAGCUGGACCAACAUCUCCAAGAAGCAGCUGAGCUGGCUCAUCAACAGACUUCCAGGUCUGCGUGUGCUGCUGCUGUCGGGAUGCUCCUGGGUGGCCGUCUCUGCUCUGUGCACCUCCAGCUGUCCUCUUCUGCGAACGCUGGACGUUCAGUGGGUGGAAGGACUCAAAGACGCCCAGAUGAGAGACCUGCUGUCUUCACCCACAGACAACAGGCCAGGUCAGUUAGACAACAGGAGUAAGCUCCGUAAUGUGGAGGACCUGCGUCUGGCAGGCUUGGACAUCACCGACACCUCCCUGCGCCUCAUCAUCCGCCACAUGCCGCUCUUAUCUAAGCUGGACCUCAGCUACUGCAACCACAUCACCGACCAGUCUGUCAACAUCCUGACAGCCGCCGGCACCACCACCAGAGACUCGCUCACUGACAUCAACCUCUCAGUGUGCAACAGGGUCACCGACCUGUCUCUGACCUAUUUCAAACGCUGCGGGAGCAUCUGCCACAUCGACCUGCGCUACUGCAAGCAGGUGACCAAGGAGGGCUGUGACCAGUUCAUCGCAGAGAUGUCCGUCAGCGUGCAGUUCGAGCUCAAAGAAGAGAAACUCCUGCAGAAGAUCAGCUGAGAGGACGCAGUUGAACUUUUGUCCACAUGGGGGCAGCAGUUAAGCAUUCUUGUGAAACAGGGCAUUGAGCUGCUGAGCUGGGUUUUAAUGACAGAAAUCCAGCUGGGAACAAAAAAAACUAUUAUUACCGUUCCUGUUUAUAAGUUAUUUAUUCCUAACUGACUGAUUGUACAGACCUCUGUUAUCCCAUGGUGUUUAUUGACUAGUUUCCGUCCAAAUGCAAAGUUUAUUGCAUUUUAGAUGAAUAUUUUUGUAUCAGAAAGUGUUUCAUACAUUUAUGUGCAGUAUUUAAUGCACCACUCUACUGUAACAUAGCCCUAAAAAGGAUAAUCAGUCGGCGUUACUGUUUAGCUGUCAAGAUGCAAAAAAGUUUAAUAAUUAUUUGUGGCAAACUUUGGAUAUGUGGUCAUGUGUGUGUGCUUUUUUUUAAUUUUUAUUUCUAAAAUAUACAUAUCUUGGGCAUGUUUUAUGUUCCCAAGAUUUUAUUGGACACAGAUACUGUGUAUUUUGUUUUAUCUAUAUGAUAAUAGUAUGUCUGGAUGUGAUAAAUAGCAGAGACAUCUCAAAAACUUAUUUGCACUUACAUAAUAUGUACACAUGAAUGUAUUCUCACAUAUACUACACAGUGUAUAGUGUAUAAAGCAUAUUUUUACACCACUAAAGUGUUUAGCUAGUUUUACUAACUGCUUGUAUUUGACUGUGUAAUCUGAGGUCGUCCAUGCACAGUAAGCGCUCCAUUUUUUGGUAUUAUCGGUGCUUUGAGGAGGAGAGCUCAGCUUUUAGCUCAGCAUGCAGCAGACACGAUUCACAUCCGUCCCUUAGAUUCUAUCUAACCGCCUGUUUAGUCAAACCCAAACAAAUAACAGUCAUGGAUCAGUCAUGAUUUAAAAUAUGAGCAGGAGAAGAAAUAUAUAUAUAGAAAUUCUGUGGAAAAACCCCCAGUUUUAUGUAGAUUUGUAGAUUUUCUUUGACAUUUUAAUCAUUCCCAGAUUGGUUUUGAUUUUUUUAUGACGUGAUUGUACGUUAAAUGAGACUAAAGACUAAACAAAUAUUUUUUUUAAUAAAAACAAAAGAUUCAAGGCAGAUUUUUGCACUUUUAAACAUAAGGAGGGUGCAGCUUAUUACUGAGAGAUUUAUCAUUUCAAAGACUCCUGUGAAAAAAUGUAUGCAUACUCCAGUUUGUGUUUUUCAACUUUGUUUUGAAGUUUUUAAGAAAUGUUUGCAAAGUUUUGAUUUUUAAGAAUUGUUUCUCAGUUUGUUACAAAGUACUAAACCAUCCUUUUGAUCGAUUUUAUACGUUUUUCAAGUAUUUUUGAACAUUUUUUUUAACCUUAUUUGUUUUUUAUUGACAUUUUGUGUACGUUUUAAACACCAGUUCAUGUUUAUCCAGUUUGAUGGAUGUGUUUACAUUAAGGAUUUAAGUUUUAUCCGUAAGAAUUAUUUCUUGAAUAUACAUUUCAUUUGUUUAUCUAUACAUAUUGUACAUGUAAAGUCUCUAGGAGAAGUCAACAUUUGACAUAUUAAAAACAUUUUAAAUACUAA